UGAUUCCGCAGCAUCUCUCGGUCAUCACUCGGUUAGCCUACUUGUCUCCGUUUAAUGUUUGUUUGGCUAUUCUCGUUGUACAGCUCAGAAUUUAUAAUAAACGCGUGCGGGGUAAGCCCUGCGGAACCUCACGAUCGGUGAAGUGAAUUGCGCGCUACAGUGAGGGGCGAUGCCCUGGAGAUACAUACAGCCUGGUGGAAAACUGAGCGCUUGUCGCCUCGUAUUUUUAGUUUCUUCCCAAUGAUGACCGGAAAGCGGGCGGUGAAUUUAUCUCUGCCGCGUGAAGACCGCUGAGGAGCCAGCAAGCAGAUAGUUAACAGGGGUCUGGAGGCAGAAACUAUAACCUCUGAAAGAAGAUGAAGUCGAGGAGAGACAAGCUCAAAAUCCCAUCCCUCACUCUAGAUUUGUCCCCCACUUGCCAGAGCCCAACUCUGCUGAGCCCCUGCAGUCCCUGCAGCCCCUGCAGUCCAUUACUAACCCUACAUCCAUGGAGUUGCCGUAGCAGUAACAGGAAGAGUUUGGGUGUAGGGACCCCGUCACCCACUCUCUCUCGGCCUCUCUCCCCCCUCUCCAUUCCUACAGCUGGCAGUAGUCCCUUAGACAGCCCAAGAAAUGUGUCAACCAGUGCCUCUCUCAAUUUCCCCUUUGCUCGAAGCCACAUGGCCCGCACUGACAGAGCGGAAGGACGAAGAUGGUCGUUGGCUUCUCUCCCCUCCUCUGGCUAUGGAACCAAUCCUCCCAGCUCUACUGUCUCAUCUUCAUCCUCUUCCCAGGAGCGCUUGCACCAACUCCCUUACCAGCCCACUCCAGACGAGCUGCACUUCCUCUUCAAACACUUCCGUAGCUCUGAGAGUGUGACAGACGAGGACGGCAAAUCCGGGCCUUUCAUCCGGCCUCGAUCUCGCAGUCUCAGCCCUGGUCGAACAAGUGGCUCCUUUGAUAAUGAGAUUGUUAUGAUGAAUCAUGUUUACAAAGAGCGAUUUCCCAAGGCCACGGCGCAGAUGGAGGAACGCCUGCUGGAGAUUAUUACACACUGCUCCCCGGACAGCACCCUCCCGCUGGCCGACGGUGUGCUCGGCUUCAUCCACCACCAGCUGGUGGAGCUCGCCCGGGACUGCCUGGACAAGUCCCGCAAGGGCCUGGUCACCUCGCGCUACUUCGUGGAGCUGCAGGAGAAACUGGAGAAGCUGCUGCAUGAGGCGUUUGAGCGCUCGGAGAGUGAGGAGGUGACAGUCAUCACACAGCUUGUAAAGAAGAUUCUCAUCGUCAUAUCCCGCCCUGCAAGGCUCCUUGAGUGCCUGGAAUUUGACCCAGAGGAGUUCUAUCACCUGCUUGAGGCUGCCGAGGGCCACGCCAAGGUGGGGCAGGGAAUAAAGACUGACAUCCCACGCUAUAUAAUCAACCAGCUGGGUCUGACGCGUGAUCCCCUUGAAGAAAUGGUGCAGCUGGAACAGUAUGACGCAGGCUCCACAGUGCCGCCGGAGUCUGAUGACUCUGUGGAGAAGUCUGUGUGCACGCCUCCCCGAAGGAAGCCAAUGGAGAGUGACUUUGAGACCAUCAAGCUCAUCAGCAAUGGAGCUUAUGGGGCCGUGUACCUGGUGCGACACAAAGACACCCGACAGCGCUUCGCCAUGAAGAAGAUCAAUCGGCAAAACCUGAUCCUGCGGAAUCAGAUCCAGCAGGUGUUCGUGGAGCGGGACAUCCUGACGUUCGCGGAAAACCCUUUCGUGGUCAGCAUGUUCUGCUCCUUCGAAACGCGCCGCCACCUCUGCAUGGUCAUGGAAUAUGUGGAAGGUGGAGAUUGCGCUAACCUGCUGAAGAACAUGGGACCCUUACCAGUGGACAUGACCAGGAUGUACUUUGCAGAGACGGUGCUAGCACUGGAAUACUUACACAACUAUGGCAUUGUGCAUAGGGAUCUCAAACCUGACAACUUGUUGAUCACGUCGAUGGGACACAUCAAGCUGACCGACUUCGGCCUCUCCAAAAUCGGCCUGAUGAACAUGACCACCAACCUGUACGAGGGCCACAUCGAGAAGGACACCAGGGAGUUUGUUGACAAACAGGUGUGUGGCACUCCAGAGUACAUUGCCCCAGAAGUGAUCUUGCGCCAGGGUUAUGGCAAGCCGGUGGACUGGUGGGCUAUGGGCAUCAUCCUGUACGAGUUCCUGGUGGGCUGCGUGCCAUUCUUUGGGGACACGCCUGAGGAGCUUUUUGGGCAGGUCGUCAGUGAUGAAAUCAUCUGGCCUGAUGGAGAUGAUGCGCUGCCUGCUGACGCGCAGGACCUGAUCACACGGCUACUGAGACAAAGUCCUCUGGAGCGCCUGGGAACAGGAGGAGCGACGGAGGUGAAACAGCACCCAUUCUUCCUGGCUCUGGACUGGAAUGGCCUCCUGCGUCAGAAAGCGGAGUUUGUUCCCCAGCUGGAAGCGGAGGAUGACACCAGCUAUUUCGACACUCGCUCGGAACGGUAUCACCACUUAGGCUCCGAUGAAGAUGAAGAAACCAAUGACGAAGAGUCUUCCCUAGAAAUCAGACAGUUUUCUUCUUGGUCCCAUCGCUUCAGCAAGGUGUACAGCAGCUCCGAACAUCUGGCCACACCGUCGAACCUGAGCUUCUCCUCGUCGGACCGCAGCCACAGCGAGGAGAAGGAGGAGCGCUGGGACAGCCGAGCCGUGCUGUCCCCAGGGGAGUGCCACCGGCAAGGGGGCAGCGGUGACAGGAGGCAGGCCGGACACAGGGGCAGCUUGCGGCCGCGGGCCUCGUCCAGCUCCUCGCAGUCCGAGCGGAGCACCAGCCCCCUGGUGAUGAGCAGCACCCACAGCCUGGAGACCAUGCCACGAUUCGCCUUCUCCACGGAUGACGAGGCUGAGGUGGUUGUGUCCAACCUGCACCGUAUCCGCCUGCGCAGCAACAGCACGGGCACCAAGCACUCCUCUCCGAGGGAUCAGGGAGGCCCGCGGCGCUACGGCCACCAGCUGGAGACACCUGAGCGCCAGCGCCUUCCUUCAGGGAGCAAGGUCCCGAAGUCUGCCUCGGUGUCUGCGCUGUCCCUCAUCAUAACAGCAGAUGACAUGGCAGGUGGUGUUCAGACGAGCCCUAUCUCUCCGCACUCGCUAUCCUCGAACCCGUCCUCCCGGGACUCCUCCCCCAGCCGAGACCUGUCCCUCGGCAUCAGCAGCCUGCGCCCGCCCAUCAUCAUCCACAGCUCCGGGAAGAAGUACGGCUUCACGCUGAGGGCCAUCCGCGUCUAUAUGGGGGACAGCGACGUCUACACCGUGCACCACAUGGUCUGGUGUGUCGAGGAGAGCAGCCCUGCCCAUGAAGCGGGACUGCGGGCCGGUGACCUCAUAACUCACGUGAACGGGGAGUCCAUCCAGGGGUUGGUGCACACCGAGGUGGUGGAGCUGCUGCUGAAGAGCGGUAACAAAGUGGCCCUGCAGACGACUGCGCUGGAGAACACCUCUAUUAAGAUUGGGCCCGCUCGCAAGACCAGCUGUAAGGGCAAGAUGGCACGGCGCAGCAAGAAGAGCAAGAAGAGGGACAAUCAGGACAGCAGGAGGCGGGGCAUCCUGAAGAAGCUGUCCAAGCAGAGCACUGUGAUGCACAGCAGCCGCAGCUUCUCAUCAGGGCUGCACCACUCGGUGUCCUCCAGCGAGAGCCUCCCGGGCUCCCCCACGCACAGCCUGUCCCCUGGCCCCUCCACACCCUGCCGCAGCCCUGCCCCAGACCAAGCCUGUGAUACCAACUCUCCUCAGAGCACCUCGCCUUGCUCCAGCUCUCCCAGCUCUCCAGCGGCUCACAUCCGGCCCAGCUCUCUGCACGGUCUGGGCCCCAAGCUCAGCAGCCAGCGCUACACCAAAGUGGGCCGUCGCAAGUCCACCAGCAGCAUCCCCCCCUCCCCUCUGGCCUGCAACCCCUCCCCUCAGCCUGUGUCCCCUCAGCGCUCUCCCUCCCCCCUGCCCGGAAUCACCAAGACUCUCCACUCCUUCCACGGCAAGACGCUGUCCCCCCCGACCAUCGUCCGGCACAUCGUGCGGCCCCGCAGCGCCGAGCCCCCGCGCUCCCCGCUGCUCAAGAGGGUGCAGUCCGCCGAGAAGCUGUCCGGCGCCUACCACGGGGAUAAGAAGCCGUACGCCUCCCGCAGGCACACGCUGGAGGUGCCGCACGGCGAGGGGGAGGCGCUGGGAGAGCUGGAAAGCGAGGGGGCGUGCGGUAACAUGUACGCGGGCGAGCACGGUCGCCUGGGGAGCUACCUGGGCGGGCAGAGGCUGCGGGACUGGGGCAGCGACCGGGCCGAGGAGGUGGUGGUGAUGAGGAAGCUCAACCUGUCCGAGCGCCGCGAUUCCUUCAAGAAGCAGGAGGCCGUGCAGGAGGUCAGCUUCGACGAGCCCGAGGAGAAGCCGGCGCAGACGCCCACAUCCCCCGUGAGGGCCCCCGGCGCACGCCCGCGGUUUAAGGCGGCGUGGAUCGUACAGGAGCCAGAGGUCAGUGAGGAGACCGUGGUGAAGAGGUCUACCCUUGUGCCCCAGAUCGCUGUGCAAGGCUCAGAGAGUGAGGAACCGUCUGAAGGAGAGGAAGAGAUUGAGCGACCUGAGCCUGUGUCAGAGAAGCAGAAUGAGGAAGCCAGAAUCUCUGACAACAGCUCCUGUAAUCCAGUGGAGGCGACAGUGUCUAUGCACAAGUGGGCCACUCCAAGCAAGAUUAGAUGCACAGGGGACUCCCCAAAGAACCUAAGCCCGUGGAGAGAUGAGCAAAAAGAGUGAAGGUUCAUUGUAAUCAAAUGCAAACGGCCAUAUCUUCAAAGGAUGCAUUCUGCUACUUCCCGAAUGUUGAUGAAAAAGAUGACCUUUACCAAAUACCGAUUCCAAAACAAAUACAAAAGUUUUUCCCCACAUUUGGUUUUUAUUAAUGUGGAGUCCAUCAUGUUGUAGCCGAAACCUUGUAUUUUGUAAAUAUUUGAUAUGAAAUGGGGAGAAAAAGACUGGUGAAGCUGGACUUUUUUCCAGGGUUUAUUUAUUACUUUUAUAACCUAAUGUGAUUUGUAAUGGGGCCAAAAAAAGAAAUUCAUUUUCAUUUUUGUUGUUAACUAACCAGCCAGACUUGCUGUGGGUUGACAUAGCAGAACAGGUGUUGAGGUUUUAACAGUAUUUUAUGUUUUCAGUUCAAUAUGACCAAUUUCAUUUUAUACAAAUAUAUAUAUUUUAACAGGCUUCAACUGGAUCUUUGAGAAGUCCUCAUACAGAUUGCUUGCCACAAUAGCUGGUAGUUGACUGCUGACUACAGUGUAAUGUAUUGAACUGGGAAGUGUUUUUGUGCGGCACAUUGUGACAUUGGACAAGGUUUUUUUAAUUUGAGAAUAGUGGUAAGUGGUAAACAACUAUUAAUCUAAUCCAAAUUAUUUUCUUGAAUAAUGGAAACUCACGCUGAAGUCUAUUGGACUUUCAGUCCAAUCACGCUUGUGAAGAAUAGUUUAGGCCCAUAUUUUUGAAUAUGACCAAAUAUGACCUUUUUUGAUGGCUAACACUAAUUGGUACAUUACUGGAAAGUUAUUUGACCAUUUUUCCAUGAGCUGCAUGCAGAACAGUGUCUAGGUAAUAUGACUUCAAGAAAAGACCUGCCACAUAAAUUUGGAUACUAAAUACUAAUUACCACUGUAGUUCUGUUGAGGUGAAUCUCCAUUUUGCUGGACUGAUGCCAACUGGUAUAGUUUUUAAAGCUUGGAAUCUUAGAUGUUGUAAUCAAAUAUAUGCCUCCCUUUCAUCUUUGUAGUGAGAUGUCUGCAAAAGGCAGGCUAAUCCCUAGGAUAUAAAAGCUUUCCGUUUCAAUGCAUUGUUUUCUGGAAUAUUUUAAUGCAGACAAACUGGCUAGCUAUUUGCAGGUUAUGCAUUUCUACUAAAAGGACAUCAGUGUUUUAAAGGGAAUGUAGGAACUAGCUUAGAAUAAUGGAGAUAUUGAAUGCACUAAGUUUUAUUCACCACACUAAC